GGUUCUCCAGCCAAAGGGGCAGUUUUGCGAGCUCACUCCCUACUCACCCCAAUCCCUUUCCCUGCAUUUUGCUGCUCCUCCAUCUUACGAGGAUCCUGCCUCAGUUUCUCCAGUAAGCCCCCAUCCCCCGUGUGGCCUCCCUUCUUCCCAGUGCCCCCAUUGAGCAGUGCUGCGCGCGCAGCUCCCGUCCAGCCUCACUGAGGGGACAAGUCGCAGGUAUUCCUGGACCAUGGAGACAUCCUCGCCGAGGGCGGCAGUCCGCGCUUCCGGCCGCCGAUACCUCCACCUCCCUUCCAUCCUGGACAAGAUGCCUGCACCCGGCGCACUCAUCCUCCUGGCGGCCGUCUCCGCCUCCGGCUGCCUGGCGUCCCCAGCGCACCCGGAUGGAUUCGCUCUGAGCCGAGCCCCUUUGGCUCCGCCCUACGCUGUGGUCCUCAUUUCGUGCUCCGGUCUGCUGGCCUUCAUCUUCCUCCUCAUUACCUGUCUGUGUUGCAAACGGGGUGAUGUUCGUUUCAAGGAGUUUGAGAACCCGGAAGGGGAGGACUGCUCCGGGGAGUACACCCCCCCUGCGGAGGAGACCUCUUCCUCACAGUCGCUGCCGGAUGUCUACAUCCUGCCGCUGGCAGAGGUCUCACUGCCCAUGCCUGCUCCGCAGCCUGCACACUCAGACAUCAGCACCCCCCUGGGCCUGAGCCGCCAGCACCUCAGCUACCUGCAGGAGAUUGGCAGCGGCUGGUUCGGGAAGGUGAUCCUGGGGGAGGUGUUCUCAGACUACACCCCAGCCCAGGUGGUGGUGAAAGAGCUCCGGGCUAGCGCGGGGCCCCUGGAGCAGCGCAAGUUCAUCUCGGAGGCCCAGCCCUACAGGAGCCUGCAGCACCCCAAUGUCCUCCAGUGCCUGGGCGUCUGUGUGGAGACCUUGCCCUUCCUGUUGAUCAUGGAGUUCUGCCAGCUGGGGGACCUGAAGAGAUACCUGCGGGCCCAGCGGCCACCUGAAGGCAUGUCCCCUGAACUUCCCCCUCGAGACCUUCGGACCCUGCAGAGGAUGGGCCUAGAGAUUGCCCGCGGACUGGCGCACCUGCACUCCCACAACUAUGUGCACAGCGAUCUGGCGCUGCGCAACUGCCUGCUGACUUCAGACCUGACUGUGCGGAUCGGGGACUAUGGGCUGGCGCAUAGCAACUACAAGGAAGACUACUACUUGACACCCGAGCGCCUGUGGGUGCCGCUGCGCUGGGCAGCGCCGGAGCUGCUGGGCGAGCUGCACGGUAGCUUCGUGCUGGUGGAUCAGAGCCGAGAGAGCAACGUCUGGUCCCUGGGGGUGACGCUCUGGGAGCUGUUCGAGUUCGGGGCCCAGCCCUACCGCCACCUGUCGGACGAGGAGGUCUUGGCCUUCGUUGUUCGUCAGCAGCAUGUCAAGCUGGCGCGGCCCAGGCUCAAGCUGCCCUACGCCGACUAUUGGUAUGACAUCCUGCAGUCUUGCUGGCGGCCGCCAGCCCAGCGCCCCUCGGCCUCCGAUCUCCAGCUGCAGCUCACUUACCUGCUGUCUGAGCGGCCCCCCAGACCCCCUCCGCCUCCACCCCCUCCCCGAGAUGGGCCCUUCCCCUGGCCCUGGCCCCCCUCGCAUAGCGCGCCCCGCCCGGGGACCCUGUCCUCGCAGUUCCCCCUUCUGGAUGGCUUCCCUGGGGCGGACCCGGAUGAUGUGCUCACGGUCACCGAGAGCAGCCGUGGCCUCAACCUUGAGUGCCUGUGGGAGAAGGCCCGGCGUGGGGCAGGCCGGGGCGGGGGUGCGCCCCCGUGGCAGCCCGCUUCCGCGCCUCCGGCACCCCACACCAACCCGUCCAAUCCCUUCUACGAGGCGCUGUCCACGCCCAGCGUGCUUCCGGUCAUCAGCGCGCGCAGCCCCUCGGUGAGCAGCGAGUACUACAUCCGCCUGGAGGAGCACGGUUCUCCACCGGAGCCCCUCUUCCCCAACGACUGGGACCCGCUGGACCCAGGCGUGCCGGGCCCCCAGGCCCCCCAGGCUCCCUCCGAGGUCCCCCAGCUGGUGUCCGAGACCUGGGCCUCCCCCCUCUUCCCUGCGCCCCGGCCCUUCCCAGCCCAGUCCUCUGGAUCAAGUGGCUUCCUGCUGAGCGGCUGGGACCCCGAGGGCCGGGGCGCAGGGGAGACCCUGGCUGGAGAUCCGGCCGAGGUGCUUGGGGAACAGGGUACCGCGCCCUGGGCCGAGGAGGAGGAGGAAGAGAGCUCCCCAGGCGAAGACAGCAGCAGCCUCGGAGCGGGGCCCAGCCGCCGCGGACCCCUGCCCUGUCCCCUGUGCAGCCGCGAGGGCCCCUGCUCCUGCCUGCCGCUGGAGCGGGGGGAUGCUGUGGCCGGCUGGGGGGGCCACCCUGCCCUUGGAUGUCCCCACCCCCCAGAGGACGACUCUUCGCUGCGUGCAGAGCGGGGCUCCCUGGCCGACCUGCCUCUGGUCCCCCCCACCUCGGCCCCUCCCGAGUUUCUGGACCCCCUUAUGGGGGCCGCAGCGCCCCAGUACCCCGGGCGGGGGCCCCCUCCCGCUCCCCCCCCUCCACCGCCGCCUCCCCGGGCCGCCGCGGAGCCGGCGGCCGCGUCCCCCGACCCCCCGUCGGCCCUGGCCAGUCCAGGCUCCGGCCUGUCGUCUCCGGGCCCCAAGCCGGGGGACAGCGGCUACGAGACCGAGACCCCUUUUUCCCCCGAGGAAGUCUUCCCAGGUGGGGGGGCGGCCGAGGAGGAAGGGGUCCCUCGGCCACGGGCUCCCCCCGAGCCACCCGACCCAGGAGCGCCCCGGCCACCCCCAGACCCGGGUCCCCUCCCACUCCCCGGGUCCCAGGAGAAGCCAACCUUUGUAGUUCAAGUGAGCACCGAGCAGCUGUUGAUGUCCCUGCGGGAGGACGUGACAAAGAACCUCCUGGGGGACAAGGGGUCGACACCCGGGGAGACAGGACCCAGGAAGGCGGGGAGAAGCCCCGGGACCAGAGAGAAGGGCCCCGGCCCCAACAGGGACCUGACGUCCCUGGUCAGCAGGAAGAAAGCCCCGAGCUGGAGCCCUCCGGUGAACGGGGUGACAGUGUUGGAGAACGGGAAGCCAGGAGCCCCGGACACGAAGGAGACGGUGGCGGAGAAUGGCCUGGAAUCUCCCGAGAGAGGAGAGAAAGCUCUGGUGAAUGGGGAGCCGAUGUCCCCAGAGGCCGAGGAGAAGGUGCUGGCGAAUGGGGUUCUGAUGUCCCCAAAGAGCGAGGAGGAGAAGGUGGCCGAGAAUGGGGUCCCGAGGCUGCCCAGGAUCACGGAGAGGCCGCUAGAGACUGGGUCUCGGAGAGUCCCCGAGCCCUGGGAGAAGACGCCCGAGACUGGGUCUCCGGCUCCAGAGAGCCUGCCGGCUCGAGCCCAUGCGCCCUGCGAAGCAGCCUUGCCCCAGAACGGCUUGGAGAUGGCCCCUGGCCAGCUUGGCCCAGCCCACAAGAGCGGGAACCCGGAACCCGGGACCGAGUGGAGAGUCCAAGAGAGUGGGGGGGCGCCGAGAGCCCCCGGGGCUGGGAAGCUGGACCUCGGGAGUGGGGGCCGAGCCCUGGGGGUCGUGGGGACGGCCCCCGGCGGCGGCCCCGCAAGCGGCGUGGACGCAAAGGCCGGAUGGGUAGACAGCUCGAGACCACUGCCACCUCCGCCACAGCUACCGGGGGCCCAACAGAGGAGGCCGGAGCCAGCGCCCUUGAAAUCCAGGCCGGAGCAGGCUCCCGAGGAAGAGCCAGGGGUGCCAGACAGCAGGCUCGGCGGAGACACGGCCCCCAGCGCAGACGAGGGCCCCCCCAGGCCGGAGAGGAAGGGCCCCGAGAUGCCACGCUUGUUCUUGGACUUGGGACCCCCUCAGGGGAACAGCGAGCAGAUCAAAGCCAAACUCUCCCGGCUCUCGCUGGCGCUCCCACCGCUCACGCUCACGCCGUUUCCGGGCCCGGGCCCGCGGCGGCCACCUUGGGAGGGCGUGGACGCAGGGGCAGCUGGAGGGGAGGCCGGCGGGGCGGGGGCGCCGGGGCCAGCGGAGGAGGACGGGGAGGACGAGGACGAGGACGAGGAGGACGAGGAGGCAGCGGGCUCCCGGGGCCCCGGGAGGACGCGGGAAGCCCCAGUGCCCGUCGUGGUGAGCAGCGCCGACGCGGACACGGCCCGCCCGCUGCGGGGGCUGCUCAAGUCUCCACGCGCGGCCGACGAGCCAGAGGACAGCGAGCUGGAGAGGAAGCGCAAGAUGGUCUCCUUCCACGGGGACGUGACCGUCUACCUCUUCGACCAGGAGACUCCAACCAACGAGUUGAGCGUCCAGGGCACCCCCGAGGGGGACACGGAGCCAUCAACGCCCCCAGCGCCCCCGACGCCUCCCCACCCCACCACCCCAGGAGAUGGGUUUCCCAACAACGACAGCGGCUUUGGCGGCAGUUUCGAGUGGGCGGAGGAUUUCCCCCUCCUCCCCCCGCCAGGGCCCCCCCUGUGCUUCUCCCGCUUCUCCGUCUCACCUGCGCUGGAGACCCCGGGGCCUCCCACCCGGCCUCCAGACGCCCGGCCCGCAGGCCCCGUGGAGAACUGACUCCCCAAAGACCCAGCCCCUUUGCACCCCAAGAAGAGGGUUUGCGAGCAGAAUCUUGUGUGGACGAUGGAGCCGUUGCCCCUGAUGUGGACACAGCCUCUGGGGAGGCGCCUGAGGCUGGGCCCUCCUCCUCCUCCUCCACCAUGUGCCAAACAGGAGGCCCAGGCCCUCCACCUCCACCCAGCCCCCCAGAUGGGUCCCCUGAUCCCCCGGACUCCCUUGGAGCCACAUGAGGCAGGAAGCCCCAUCGCUGGACAGCCACAUUUCUUGGAACUGAACUGAACUCUUUUGGGCCCGGAGCCCCUGGCACACCAGAGGCCCCUCCUGACUCACUUCUGGCCUCAUGAGGGCCACUGGCUUCAGGAACCUGGGCCCCCAUCUUGCGUCUCCCCUUCCCCCAAGCCUGGCCCCCAGAGGGGCCUCUGAUUCAAACCUUCGCGUGACAUUUUCACAUUAUUUAAAAAAGACAAAAACAAAUUUUGGAGGAAAACGGGGCCUGUGUGUGUUUGGGGAGGCGGGUGGGAGAUGCCAGUAGACACUGCAUGGAAGUCACUGUCUUCCUUACAGCCCCUAAGGCAACGUGCCUGCGGAGCUUGCCUGCCUUUCCCUUCCUCUCUCCGGGUCUGCUCCUCAUGGCCUGUGCCAUUGGUGGCAGCCUCGACUUACCAGUCCAUGUUCCAGGAGGAGGCAGUGAUGGCUUGGGACCAGGCAGUUGUGGUAACCAUGUUCUUCAGGGUCUGGAAGCUAUCAGAGGGCCAGACCAGGUGGUGGUGGUGGUGGGAGGGUACUCAGAACCCAUCUGCUGAAACUCAGCUGAGUCAUCUGCUAGCCGCUGCCUGGCCUGCCUGCCCACGCUGGCCUGUCUCUCAUUUCUCCCCGUUCCUGCCCACCUCCUGGGUAGGCACACAAAUACUGUCUCUGUGAUCAUGCACACACCUACCCACCCCCCUCUAUCCCUGGACAUUGUUCUUCGCCUGCCCAAGUGCUUGUGUCUCUGUUCAGUCUUCCUCGCAGUGACCUAUGACUGCUGCUCUGGUUUCUUCCUGUUACUGUGUUCUCCUGUGCCUCUCUCUGCCUCGGCUACACCUUGGGUUUUGUCCCUGUUUUCUCUCCCUCCCUUCCUCCUGUGGCUGCCUGUUCCUUAGCUUCUCUGUGGCUGGGCUGUUGGUGUCUCUUGAGUUGGGUACCUCACCCCAACACUGGGGACCAGAUUUAUUUAUUGUACAUGCAGGGAGUGAAUUUACAUGGUAGAAGGACAGGGCAAGCAGUGGUUUUGAGUAGGAUGGUCUACCCUAUAAUUACAGUGACAGGACAUAGGGGUCACAAAAGACCUUAAGAAGGGCUCUCCUUCCUCACAGGAUUGUUGCCUAGCAAAUGCCUAAUUCACAGAAUGAGGGUUAUAGCCCUAAUGCCAAGACAGAGAGGAGGCCUAAGAUCAGGAUCUUUGUGUGUGUGUGUGUGUGUGUGCUGGAACCCAUUGUGCAGACCAGGCUGGCCUCACACACAGAAAUUAGCCUGCCCCUGCUUCCUGAGUGUCCCAGCACCUGGCAAGGGCUAGGAUUUUUAGGUGAGGGAAGAGGGCUUGGCCUAACCUGGUGGCAGUGAGGGAGGGCCGGGGCCUUUAAGCCUCAGGCUGAGGGAAGAGACCAGUCCAAGAUCUGAGACAUUAACGUCCUGCCCGGUUGCAGGGAGCAGGUGGAGGGAGGAGUGCUGGAAGGAGGGCUCCCAUGAGGGAGAAAGGCCAGGGUCUGGAUGGUCUGAGGGGGAAUCUGGGCUCAGGGUCCUUGGAACUGAGGAAGAUGGCUGGGCUGGGUCCCUGGUCUGGAAGAGGGUAAACUCUUUCACUAGCCCUCACUCCACAAACUCAUAUUCAGUUGUCUUCAACCACAGAAACUUACUGCUUCACAGUUUUGGAGGCUACAAGACCAAGACCAAGGACAUCAGUGUUUGGAAAAAUCUUCCGUGGUUUUGCAAGCCUGGCCUCAGGUAACCACUGGCACUCUCUGGCUUAUCUGUGCUUUGCCCUAUUCUGUGCAUUCCUCCCCACAGGGCACCCUCUGUGCCUGCAGUCCAAAUACUUACUUGAGGGACUCUUA